UGUAACUAGAGUUGGGACAUUUGCAAUAAAUAUCUGACAGCAAAUUUUACCACAACGUGAACAAAGGAAACUGUGAAGGAAGGGAACCAGUCAGACAAGAUUUCUGAAGAAACAACAAAUGAACUUGAAGUAAGCAGUUGGAACAUUGCAGAUCACUUCGAGGAGCACAUACCCAUGAGCGUAUUGUACAGUCAGCUAUUGGAAGACACUGCACAUGCAGACUAAACUACAAUGGAAUUUGCUUGCGAGUUUGUUUAUGUGCUACCUUCACUGAGUCAACGAUGUGGACCUCAUCUCAUCAAGCGCUCAGCUCUCCUGCCUCCUGUUAACUGGGUCCGUCCUUCCAAUGCUCCUCCUCCCCCUCCAUCGCAAUCUGCAAAAGCCAAGGCACAGCAGGCCCCCACUUUUUCUCCGAAGGUCAUCAAACAGUUGGAGAAAAGCAGGGAAGCGAAGGUCCAAAAUCAGACUACCUUCUACGAGAAUACAGAGUUUCACAAAAAACAAGAGGCAGCUUCUCCAAAGAGGGGAACUCCCCCGCCGACAAUGCCAUCUGGAAAGACCGCUCUACUUCCUCCGCAUAUGAGACCUCGGGCAAAGAGCCUGUCCCCUUCCAACACCAGCCAUCAGAUAUUUACCUAUGACGAGACAAUAAAGCAACCAGGUUUUAACAGCAAGCCCUUGGAUCCUGACUCCCACAAUGCACCAGAAGGCUCAGAGGGUGAGGUGAAGCUCUCAGCUGAUGCCGGCAGUGUGUCGGCUUCAGCCCCGUCCCACCCACCAAGACCCACAUUUAUGAAAUUAAUGCCAGAGUACUUGGAGGUGUUACCGGCAUCUCCCUCAUCACCUCAGAAACCUCCUUCACCUUCACUCCGUGCCUCAACACCUACAGGAUCACCAGAUAAGGGGCCUCUGCCAGGAAAUCCUAAUGUAGUCCUUGUCAGUUUAGGAAAAUUGCUCUCAGAAGAAAGAGUGCAGCCCACACAAGGAGAACCCACCUUCUGCUCUCAGUGUGGCUCAGUACUGAACACCUGCUAUGACAGUGUGGUUGAAGGGUGUUACUUUUGUCAAUCCUCCGAUUUGACCAGUUCUCCCAGUGCGCCCCAGAGUCCUCUGAAUGCUCACCAGCACGGCCUCUUUCUGCUCAACCCUGAUGAAAGGCCCCCCAACGCUGCCGAUGCCCUGCUGCUCUUCUGCAUCGACGUCUCAGGCUCCAUGAGCAUCACCUCCCAGGUGUUGGAGGGAGAUAAUCUCAUCCAAAGAUCCAGGCUCGAAUUUGUCCAAGAAGCUGUGUUACAGUGUGUUGAGAGACUAAGUGAGCAACAUCCUGGUACACGAGUGGGACUUAUCACCUUCAGCUAUCAGGUGACAAUGCAUGGCCAUGAGAAUGUCCCGUCACGCUCCCUGAGCGGUGCCGAGUUGACUGACAAAGGUUACUUGAAUGAGGCUGCAGACAGUUUUCCCAUUCCGCCUCCACUCAGCCAAACCAAAGACUGCCUACAGAAACAAGUCACGGGCUUGAUGAUGUUAGUUUCUGAAUUACAUCGUAUUUAUUCCUCUUUGGGUGCUCUUAUUGCUUUCUAUCAUGAAAGAUUAUCAGCAAAUGGAGCCACAGCACUGGGUCCAGCUGCUCUCAUUGCAAUUAGAAUGGCCUCCCGGCAGCCAGGCUCAAAGGUGAUUAUCUGUACAGAUGGGAAAGCCAACGCAGGGCUGGGGAAUCUAGAGGAAGAAGACAAUGAUGCCCACACCCUCCUCUCAUCCACAAUCUUCUAUCAGGAGCUCGGGGAGUAUGCUGCAAAUCAAGGUGUGACAGUGUCUGUGAUGUCCAUAGAAAGAACUGACUGCAGGCUGGAUGAGCUGGGAAGACUCGCUGAUCGCACUGGAGGCAAUGUGGUAAUAGCUAGUCCCAACAGGUUGCAUGCAGAGUUUGACCAAAUUAUUCAAAAUCGGACUGUAGCUACUCACUGCUCUGUGACAUUGCUACUACCCAAAUCACUGCGUGUGAGAGGAGAGAGGGAGGCCCAGCACAAAGGGAUCAGAGAGGUGGGGAAUGUGAACUCAGACACAGAGAUCACCUUCCAGUUUGGAGCAAAUGAGAACGACACAGAAAUGCCUGCGCCAGCUCCUGGCAGCUGUGUGUCCAUCCAGCUUCAGAUCAGAUGCAGACACAGGGACGGACAGACGAUGCUCAGAGUGCUGACCGCCAACAGACGGGUUUCAAAUGACAGCUCAGCAGCCCUGUCCUCGCUGUCUGUGGCCAUCGUUCAGCUCAACUCGGCGCAGGUCAGUGCCGCUCUGGCUGUCAGGGGCCGCUUCCAGGCGGCGAGGAGGGAGGGCGAGCAGCAGCUGAAGCUCAUAGAGAGAGCGAUAGAGCAUAAUCACAACUCAGAGGACAAAAAGACAUUACAAGAAUGGGUUAAAAACAUGGAGCCAAUAUACUACAACAUACAUAACUUUAGAAGGGGAAAAUCCAUGAUUUCACACUCCCAGUCCCUGACAGAUGCUGGUGCAGCCCUGCUCUUCACCAUGAAGCACAGCAACAGGAAGUCCAUUUCACUGAAGAAUAAACAGCUCUAG